UCCUCUUUGAUGCAUUCGCACCCAUGAACAAGGACUCUGAUGACGAUCUCUUCGAGGACAUCGACGACAGUACCAUAGCAAUUUUUGACGAUGAGGAUGCGAAGUACAGAGAGUCGCAAAUUUCAAAUAUUAUGGACCAUAGUCAACCAACUCCUCCGAUACAGCCGCCUGCGAAACGGCAAAAGAUUGCUCAUCCAAGGACGGUUUUCGCCAAGGCCAAGCGUACCGCAGAUCUGAACGAUGAAGAGGAUGAACCAGACAUACUCAUUUCCAGAAAUGGCUCAUACAAGUUCGGGAACUCGGCGCAGGGUGCAUCUGGCAGCCGUCCUAACGGUACAGCUCGGCGCAAGGAAGUAGUGGGGUCUGGAGAGAAUGCUGGGGCGAGCAAUGAAUACCGAUCAAGGUCAGAGAAUCGUCAACAGCAGCAUAUUGCACCAACCAACCGACCUGCAGGGAAUCUCUAUAGAACAAAUAGCAACAGUAUAACUUUUGCUCGACAGCCUUCCAUCCAUACUCCCAAUGGGGAUGCCUUACACAGGAAUCAUGAUGACCAUGAUGUGCAGAGUAGACAGUUGGAGGACCCGGGUCAUCUAGACGAGGGUCUUCAGCGAGAGCUAGAGACCCUUCGUGCACAGUUGAAUCAGCUGAGGCAGGAACAGCAACACGUGCAGCAAUCCUUGAAGGCUGCGGAGGAUGCACGACUUGCGAAAGAAGGUGAGGUGAGUAUCCUACGGAAGAGCAUCGAAAGGACCACGAAGCAGCACGCAGCGGAAGUUGCGAGAAUAAAGGCUGCCAAGGAAGCAGCCGAAGCCACGCAACUACAAAUCCAGAAGGAGAUGAAGGAAGAAAUGGACCGCCUGAAGACUCAAUUCACAUUCAAGCAACACGAGCUAGAAACAUCCAUACGCAACUCUCCGUGGUCUAUUCGGGGUAAGAAGAUUGGCAAACAAGUACCAUUGACUCCCGUACGGAUGCCGUCGCAGAUGCGAAAUUGGAACACUACGUUGGACAAGGCUGGGCCGAGCCUUCUCGGCCAGCAAGUAAUGAACGGGUCUGACCUCUUCUCCAUACGCAUCGGUAACUCGCCGCGAAAGGCUCGGGCGUCAGUGGAAAAGCCUAAGAAAUUUGUUUCCAUGCCGGGUUUCGUCAAUGCGUUCGAUCCGGCUGCGUCACCGACAAGAUCACCAUCUCAAUCUAUCAAGGGCAAAGGCAAGCAGCGCGCGGAGGAUCCUCAUAGGACCGACCAGGAAGCGAUCGAGAGAAACUUCUUCACCUCUCAGCACCGGUCACAAAGGCACGUUUCUCCCCCAAGACGUCCUCAAACGCCUCCCAGCAGUCCUCCUCUCAGCAGCCCGAUAAGAGGUGGAACAUCGGUUGGACCUUUACCUGCAUUGUUUAUUCAAGACGAGGAGAACGACAUCGGCAAUGUGGAUGAUAUGCACGAUGCUGAUGGAGACGUCAACAUGGCCGAUACUAACAAGGCCGACGCGCCUGAGGACGAAGGCGAGGAGAUUGUCCUUCCAGACUGGCGGGCAGAGGUCCUCCGGAUUAUUCUGACGCAUCGCAUGCCCCCGUCAGAAUUGUUGACGGUUCAGCAGCUUAUCGGUACAUCUUUAUCAAUGGCGUCGUUCGAGCACCAGCGAUUAUAUUGUAAUCUGAACAAACGAUUGCUCGAAAGCUUGGGCCCUGCAGUCAUUCCGAUAGACGAUGUCGACCGCCCGAUUGGAAUAAUUUUGGAUAUCCUCAUCUCAUUGGCAGAUCUUCUGCAGCAGCAUGGCGCAUUUGCUCCACUGAUAGGCCUCCUCAAUCUACUACAAGCACUAGCAUACAGACUGCCAUCGUUUGCUCGCCUAGUGCUUGCAUCGCACGAACAUCAGGGCAACCUCAUACGAGAGGCGCCUUCGCCAACCUUAACAACGCUCUGUGGCAUCAUCGAGAGGCACUUUACUCCACGGAAGGAGGCGUGGGACGACGAACUGAGUGCUUUGGCCAGGGAAACCCUGGGACUUCUGGACGUCGUCAUUUGGACUACGCCUGAUGUCCUCGCAUCGAAGUUCUCCGUCAUCCCGCGGGGCCUUCACGUCUUGUCUAACUUACUAGACCCCGCUCACCCUACGUGGUUAUUGCACCGUUCGGUGCGCAUGCUGACGUUGCUCGCUUCGCACCACGCAUUGUUCAGAGAUCUAUUGUCUUUCCCGGCUGUUGAGCCUACGGAAGGGCAACAGCCUGCAACGAAAGACUACUCCAAGAUUCCUCAUAUCGAGCAGAUGGCUUCCUACCUGAGAAACACGUCUUUGCAAGGACAUGAGGCGAAUAUGCUCAAGGAGACCAUCUUGGCCUUCAUAGCCGGCGUCGGCAUCGCGCACCGGGAUGCGCUGGCAAUCUUGCUGGAGUCGCAGACUCUUGUCCUCUCCAUCGUUGUCUUUCUUACCAACAUUACGACUCCUUUGUUCGAGGAGGACGAGGCGCUCCUGCGUUCUCCGGACAUGACGAGAUGGACGAUCGAGCAGACCGUCCGUGCCGUCUCACUCCUGUAUAUACUCGUGAGCAGCGCAGAGGACUCGGCCUCGAGCCUCCGCCAGAAGAUCCUGAACGCGCGCUACCCCCAGUUCCACGGCAUCCACCAUAUGAUCAUCGUCACCCUCGGACGGCUCACCUACGCGGAGCCGCCGCAGGACGUCAGCACCGAGUUGCGGUCGAUGCUGGAUCAGGCCAUCGAUAUGUCGGAGGAGAUGCUCGGGCUGCUCGUCGAUGGUCCCGAGCACGAGCUUGUGUUUUCUGCAUUCCAGGUGCCACAGGAGUUGAUUGGUGACAAUCGGACCGACCUCGAUGACGAGGAGCAAGAGGCGAGGAUGCACCAUCCGCCAGACUCUGAUACCGAGUAGCUUUCGUUACGAUUUCCUCAUGACAUCCCCCAUUGCUUUACUUAGGACUGACAUGCACGUGUAUACCAUCUACGAUUCCCAAGUUAUCUACAAUUUCAUGCUUCAAAGUCCAGGUCCGAUACUUCACUCAUAGGUAAUCUUUUGAUCCAGUCGUCUUCCACGCUUGACUAUGCAGGAUUAGAGUUCGUCCACGCGCGGCACACGCGCUUGAGCCAGCGUGCCUUCUUC